GGCCCUGGUACACUCUUUGGAGUAGACUGAGUAAGUAGGAGUAGUGAAGCCAGAAGCAGCUGAAAUUGACGUUUUCAUCUGUCUGCAAAGCAUUGUGUAUAGCAGAGAGAGAGGGGAGGAGAUGAGUGAUGUGCCGUAGAUGAUUUCAGUGUCCACUGUAGAUAUCGGUAGAUAUCUUCUGUCAUUCAUGUGAUCACGGGAGAUAAAGUGCAUCUGCUUGUAAUGAUAAAUCUUGAUAAGAAAUAUAUCUGAUAUUCCUCGUAGGUAUAACGAAAAUUAACUUAAGGAGUAGUCGCUUUAUUUCCGCCCAGUUGCCUUUUGUAUUUUUCAUUAUGGCUCGCUAUUUCCGAGAGCAAGAUAUCGAUGAAUUUCGAGAAUGUUUUUAUUUAUUUGCACGAAGUGGUAAAAUAAGAACACUAGAUGAAUUAACUAUUAUAAUGAGGUCAUUGGGAAUGAGUCCUACCAUUCAAGAACUGAAAAAGUACAUGAAAGAUAAGGGUGGUAAAAUGUCUUUUGCUGAAUUCUUGGAAGUAAUGCAUGUACACAGUCAAGCAGAAGAUUUACCUAGAGAAGUAGUUGAAGCUUUUCGAGCUGCUGACCCUAAUAAAAAAGAAGUUAUUCCAGCAAAACAAUUACGCCAUAUGCUUUUACAUUGGGGUGAACAGCUUAGUCCAAAAGAAGUGGAGCAGAUCUUCCGAGAGGCGAACGUUACUCCAAAUGGUCAAGUUAAAUACCAAGAUUUUGUAAAAAUUGCCUGUGCGCCUGUCCCUGACUAUUACUAGGUUUUUGGAAAGUAUUUGUGUGAAGAGAUCAUGUAUAUAUGUUCCAGGGAAAAGGCAACUUAAUGUAAAAAUGAGGGUUAUUUUUCUUACCAGAUUACUUUAAAGUGAGAAAAUUUGUGUAAAUCAUCACAAGCAUUCAUGUACAUUCAUGUCUGCCAUGUUCAGGUCAUUCUUCAUCGUAGCAAAAUAUGUUAUCCAGUCAGACAAUAGAAGAAAGUACAGACCAUCUUAACAAUUGAGAAAUCCAGAGAGAGGAAGGAGUAAAGCACACAAAUGUGAAAUGAAUCAUUACAUUGAAGUCGACGUACAAACAAAAAUUGUUAAUACACUUUUGUUACAAAUAUUUUUAUUUGAUUUAAAGAGGGAUGAGACAUCAUAGGAAAUAUGUUUUCCAUUCAGAAUUUUUACAUUAAAUACCAGAGAAUAAUUAUACAAACUGAAAACUUGUGCUGAACAAAUUCUUUUUUUUUUUUUUUUUUUUUUUUAAAUUCCCCAUCUUUUAUUUUUAAUGCUACAACGUGUAUAAAAAUAUAUACAAAAUUAAUUUUAACUAACCUUAAAUUAAUGGUUAUUGGUUUCCUAAUUUUCUGACAAUAGAGCUGUACUUACACGGUGAUGGAUAAUUGCUGGUUAGGGAAGUGAAAUCCUAAUGUAGGCACGCUUCUUUUUACUGAUUUCUCUACCAUGCUAUUACACCUCAAGCUUACAAAAUUUGUUUUAUACAUAAAGUGGACAAGAUUUCAGAACUUGAUUGAUCAUUAACUGUAAUUUUAGGUCCUUGGUAAUUAAGAACAAUUCGCAAAUUUCCAGUGCCUUCAAAUGAUUUGUCUUAGACAGGCAUUUCAAAAUCAUUUGCACAAUUUUUGAGGAUAGAGUCAUUUUGUCAAGAAAAAUUUGAGGAAUAAUAGACUACAAUCAUUGAAAAUUUGCAAUGUGAUUAUAGCUGUGAAGGUUAAACAUUUUGUCUCAAAUGAUGUCAGACUUGUCUACUUUUGUAAGUUUAAAAUUGUCUGAAUUAGAAAGACCUCGUGUAUUUUAGCAUACUUCAGUUAUAAUUCUAGGUAUUGUUAUAUUGGAAAUUCAGCUUCUUUUUUUUUGUGUCUAUUUUAUUUGCUGAUACUUAAUUGAACAGUGCUAAUUUACUAUUUAUUUAUUUUAAAAAUAUAAUUUGUGAUGGAGAUGGUCUUUCAAAUUGAUCAACACUGUUAUUGGAAGCAUAACAAUUUUAAUUUAUCUAAUGGCAUAUUUUCCAACAUCAAAAUUUCUAGCAUAGAUGUUGAAACACACAUGCAUUGUGUAAAUUUUUCAUAGUGAUAGGAAAUGUUGACAUAAUUAUUUUUAAUGUAAAUAUUAGACAUUUCAAAUGUGAAAUUUUAUAAGAAGUUUUGAGGAUUUUAUAAUAAUGAAUAGAAGUAUUUUCCAUAAAUAUGUAUACCUCCCUGGCUAUUAUUGAUUUUAUUAAACUUAUAAUUUGAUGUAUUAUUCAUCCAUAUUUUAAAUGUCUGUGUGAGUGUGUGUUGGUAAGUAAAUCAAUAUGAAUAAUUAAAUUUGUUCAAUGAAUUAUCACUCUGACUGGGAUACGAACCUGUGUCACUCGGGUUGACAAUUCUUUAUUACAAUUUAAUAUUUUUUAAAUUACAAUACAUUGGUUACUCAAUAACAAAGUGAAAUCAUGUAUGUGUUUUCAGUGCAGAAUUUAGUUUGAACGUAAUUGCCUUCAAAAAGGUGACAGGGUGGUGACUACUGGUUCCAUGAAACCCUAGGGUUCCCUCGAAAGUUGACUAAGGUCUCGCAGGUGAUCAGUCAAAACAUUUAUACAAGGAAUUUUUCAUGUAGGAACAGGGUAGUGAACUAAAAUAUUAGAUUAAUAUAAU